AUGGCCGCCGUUGCUCCUCCGGCAGAUCAGACUGCAGAUUUAUUGCAGAAAUUGUCGCUGGAUUCUCAGGCGAAAACUUUUGAAAUCCCAGAUUCCACCAAAAAGCCGUCAACUGAUUCCAGUAACAUGGCUAACGGAAUUCAGUCAGAUAGAUCUAUUACACCUUUGUUGCCCGAUUUAAUGGAUCCGACUGUGUGCUAUGUUCCAAAUGGUGCUUACCCUCCUGCUGCGUAUUAUUAUGGCGGAUUGGAUGGUAAUGACUGGGAGAAUUACGCAAGAUACGUGAAUCCAGAUGGAGUGGAGAUGACUCCAGGAGCUUAUGGGGACAAUGGAUCACUAAUAUAUCACCCUGGCUAUGGCUAUACCUCUUAUGGACCAUAUUCACCAGCUACAUCACCUGUUCCAACCCUGGGACAUGAUGGCCAGUUGUAUGGAGCUCCCCACUAUCAAUAUCCAGCUCCUUAUUUCCAUUCAUUGACACCAAAUGGGCAGUAUCCCACGCCAGCUGCCCCAGCCAAAGGUGAGAUUGCCACCUCUGCAGCAGCCGACCAAGCACCUUUGUUGGUGGAUUCUGCUAGUACAAAAUCUAAUGGUAUUGCCAAUGGUGGGGUUCCUAAGGGGAAUAAUGGUUCAGCGGCAGCAAGGUCAACUUAUCAAAAUUCGUCUCUUAAUGCUAAUGGUACGUAUGGAAAAGGUGCUUUGCCUGGAGGAGUUCCAGUGUCUGGUUAUCAGGACCCAAGAUUUGGAUUUGAUAGUUUCCAUUCACCAAUUCCAUGGUUAGAUAAUCAGUACUUCUCUGGGCAGCAGAGGCCUGUUACAAGUUCAUCAAUCACUUCGUCCAUUGCAAACGGAAAUAGCGUUACUCCAUCCAGGGACCAGAAUUUCCGUCCUCAGAUGAUGGGUUUGAAUGCCCCGAGGCCAAUGAACACUGUUGGCGGAUACAUGAAUAGAAUGUAUCCUAAUAAGCUAUAUGGCCAAUAUGGAAAUGCUUAUGGGUCAGGUCUGGGCUAUGGAUCCAACGGUUAUGACACACGAAUCAGUGGACGUGGCUGGAUGACUGUUGAUAGCAAGUACAAGACGCGAGGAAGAGGAAAUGGCUUUUACGGUUAUGGUUAUGACAGCGUGGAUGGUCUCAAUGAAUUGAACCGAGGACCAAGAGCCAAAAGUAGCUCUAAGAAUACUAAGAGCUUCACGCCGUCGGCUUUAGCUGUCAAAGGCCAAAAUAUCCCCUUAACUGGAGCAGCUGAUAAUGAAAAUAAUCUAAGCUCAACUCCGGACAGGGAACAAUACAACAAACCUGAUUUUCCUGACAGCUAUUCUGAUGCCAAGUUCUUUGUCAUCAAAUCAUACAGCGAGGAUGAUGUCCACAAGAGCAUUAAGUACAAUAUUUGGGCCAGCACUCCAAACGGGAAUAAAAAGUUGGAUGCAGCUUACAAUGAAGCUCAGCAGAAGCCUGGAGGCUGUCCUGUUUUUCUUUUCUUCUCUGUGAACACAAGUGGCCAGUUUGUUGGAAUUGCCGAGAUGGUUGGUCCUGUUGAUUUCAACAAGAAUGUCGAGUACUGGCAGCAGGACAAAUGGAUUGGCUGUUUCCCUGUUAAGUGGCAUAUAGUGAAGGAUGUACCGAACAGCUUGUUAAAGCACAUAACCCUCGAAAACAAUGAGAACAAACCUGUAACUAAUAGCAGAGACACCCAGGAGGUGAAACUUGAGCAGGGGCUUCAAGUGCUUAAGAUAUUUAAGGGUCAUAUGAGUAGACAAUGCAUCCUGGAUGAUUUUGAUUUCUACGAGGAUCGCCAGAAAAAAAUCCAGGAGAAAAAGGCCAAGCAACAGCUGUUCCAGAAACAGGCUAAAAUGUGGGAAGGCAAACCAACUGAGGAAAAAAUGAAAGAAGGCAGGGAAAACGCUAAUGGUGAUUCUAAAACCAAUAAGUCACCCGUAGUGGAAUCUACCCCGACUGUUGCUAAUAAUGGGGGGGAUAUCAAGACGCAAGAAGAUGGCUCGAUUCCAAAAUCUGGAGAUGCUGUUAACACAAGUUUGAAUGGAGUUCAGGGUAGUUGUUAA